AAAUGAACUUGUAUCUAUAUUGUGACUUAUUAGAGAGAUUCCUCAACAUGCUUUUAUGGCUAGUAAAAAUUAGAGGAAACCCUAUCAAAUGCACUGCCUCAUAAGCUCCUAACCUUAUUCCUUUUCUUAGCUCAUAUUUGAAAAUUCCAUUUGUGAGGCUAAUUCUUCUGUUAGCACAACUAAAAGAUAUUCUAAAUAAAAUUAGGUAACAUCAUAUUUUUAUAUAUUUCAACUUAAACUGUACUGUAUUUAGAGGCAAAAGACAUAUACUUUGAAAAAAUAAUUGAUAUUAAUCUAUAUAGAUCUAAAUUCUACAUAUAAAACUUAAUAGAAGAUUAUUUCUUCAAAUCAUUAAUUUAAAUAUUUUCCUUUUAAGAAAGGGAAUCUGUAUCCUUUUAGGAACAGAAUUAAGAAGAGCUAAAAGAGCAUCCAAACCUUCGAUCAAUAUAUAGAUGUAACAAUUUUUUACCAUCUUAGGAAUCAUACGAUAGAGUCAAUGGAGCCAUUGACUCCAUUUACGAGUAAAUGUAUUUAAAGCCAGCACCUGAAUAGAAGAAGGACCAAAGAACAAGUACCGAAGUUCUAAAAUUACCGGAUGCUCCUCAAUUAAAAAUAAAAAUGAUCAUCAAUAUCACUCCUGAUGAGACCAAAUCAUUUAGGUAUAAUUUAUUUAUUUAUAAUAGAUGUUUGUAAUAAUAGAAGGUGCAAGUAGUAGUACAAGAAGAGCAUGAGGUAUUUGAGAGAUAGGAAGAUCUCGGAUAAAUUUUAGCCAAUGCUAAUUAGAUCAUUAUUGAUGAUGAUGACUCAUCAUCAAUAUUUAAGAAACUCUUAGAUAUGCUCAAGAAGGAGUAAAUCAAAGACUGUGUGGCAUAUCUCUAAUCAUUUAAAUAUUAAGAACAAAAGGAGAAGGAGCAAAUGAAGAAGAUAAUACAUAUUCUGAAGAACAUAAAAGACCAUGAAUUUAAUCAGAAAGACUAUUCCUCAGAAGCAUUUGAAGAGAUUAAAAAGGAUCUGAUUAAAAAGUUGUAAGGUAAUAAGAGCAUGAUUGAGUUACUAAAAUUUUUAGUCAUGCUUACAAGUAUAGAUGAUCUAAUUUGGAUCCAAUUUAUUUCACUUAUUGGUCUUGAUGAAGGUAGAUCUUAGAAAUAAAUCAUUUGAAAAUAUUA